GGGCUCGACGGUCGAACUCCUCUCCAUGAAGGCGGGGACCACUGUGGUGAGGCCGAACUACGAGGCUGCACAGACUGCUGCCGACCUUUGGAUUGCAACCGCCACCGAGGACCCCGAGUUCCUCGAGUCUGGCCUCGGAGAAUAUGUGACGGCUGCCGAGGAUAUCGAUGGAGUCCCCCUUCCCGAGGGGCUUGCUGCAGAGGAGGGCGACGAGGAGGAUGCAAACGACCCGGGCGAGCUCUCCCGACUACGCGCUCGGCUUCAGGCCCUGGAGCUGGCAGCUCGCACAGCCCCCCCCCACCGGGCAGUGGCAUCGGGGCACUCGGUCCGGCACCUUCAGCUGCUCAACCGCGACGCUGCUGGUGCAGUCCCAGCCAGACUGGCCCAGCACGAGCGGGCCCCGAGGACCGCGCUCACAAGGGAGGCCGACGACACCUUGGCCGAGAUCGAGGCCGGGGUGACUCAGGACGAUGGCCCGACUUCCUCGGGCGACCAGGUGCUUCAACGUUUGCUUUUGGUGCAGACUCAGAUGCUGGCGAAGCUGACCGCUUCAAAGCCAAAGAGCCCACUCGAAGCUGCGUUGGGUUCCGGCGGGGGCAAAGACGAAGGCAGCUUGAGUGCCAAAGGGUCCGCGGCCAGAGACGCUUAUGUUCGCCUCCUGAAGGACAGCACUGCGGUUGCAGAGCAGAUUCGCCGCCUGGCCGCCGAGGAGCUCGGAGAGGACAUUCAUUCGCCGCCGGCCAGUUUGAUGAGGACUUUCGUGGAGAAGCGAAGCCCGGUGGGCGAGAUGAGAACCCUCGCCCUUGUGAGCACCUUUGCUGCUCACGGCUGGGAGCAGGCCCGCAACACAGCCAACUCCGACAUGGAGGCAGGACUCAAUUGGGGUGGCUCCGGAGGGCAGGUCGAGAAAGAGCUUCCGGGAGGUGGGAAGCGUCCUGGUGAGACGCAGGUCACAGGCUUGAGGCCGUUCUCCCGAUUGUGCCCGAGCUUGUGGCUGAGCGGCAACGUGGCCUUCUUGAAGGAGAUGGAAUGGCUGGCGACAAGGAUGUCGAAUACCUCGGACCCGGCCAAGGAUCCACCAAAGGAUCCGCCACAGACGGAGGAUUCCGCAGCGGGAGUGGUGGAGCCAGUCUUGUCUAUAGCCGCGCCGUGCGCUGCCUCGGCAGCCACGACCGCCGCCGUGCCUGGGGCUUCUGAGGCUGAUCGGAUAAAGUGGACGCUGCCCCCUAGCUUUAAUCCUGUGCCCUUUUUGGUGGUGCAUGCCACCCGGGCUCAGUUGCUCAAACUGGCCGCCAAAUGGGACCAGUUCCAGGCGCUGCGGAUUUUCCGUUGUUCCGAGAUUGAUCCCUUGGAGACCGUAGGUUUGCUCGAGGUCGCAACUUCAGCGCAAGCUACCAUUGCGAGAUACAUCGAUAUUUUCCGGAGCCGAUGCGUCUUCCUCGGCGCCGAUGUUGACGGCUUAACAGGCAUCGUUUCAGUUUUUAUGGAUGCAAGGCGUACGCCCGCGACCCGCAUCAUGCCUUUACACCGCGACUCGUUUAACGAGCUGUUCUGCUUGUGCGCUGUCGGCCCGCUGCUGCAAGCCGAUUUGCGCGCUACGUACCCUGGUUUCCUUUACGCUAUGGACGCGUCUCCUUCGGGCGCGGGCCUUUGCCGCGCGGCGCUCCCUGAGUCUGUGUUGCGUGAGCUUUGGCGCCACACCGAGCAAAAGGGCUUCUACACUAAGCUUCUGGAACCUGCUUCGGCGCUCCUCACUGACUUGGGCUUGAGCGAGGACCCGGGCGCUUUCUUUGUCGAAGGCCUGUCUUCCGCUUCUUCGUCUCCGUUCACUCCGGAGCCUUUGCCGCUGCGUCGUCCCUGCGACGGUUUGGUGUACUUCCUGUGCCUCUUUGGUGGUGACAGCAACUGGGCUUCUGCGCACUGUCGUGCGGGUUUGUUUGACUACGCCGUCUCUGAGCCCAGCCUUCGUUGUUUGACCUUUGACCUGGGUGACGACGGGGUCUUCCACACCCUUGCUGCGCUUGCCUCGUGUGGUCGCGUUCACGACUGGCACGCUUGUCCGCCGCUGUCUGUUGCGGAGUCUGCGCCUUCACUUGUUCGCCGCCUGUGUUUUCUUCUGUGCCUCGCCGCCUCGGCUGGUGCGUUCGUCAGCUUGGCUCUUCCUUCUGCUUGCACCCUGCUUCGGAUGCACUGCUUCCGCGCCCUUGUUGCCUGGGCGGCGUUGCUGGUCGGUUUUCUGCGGCUUCGGCGUGUGACUUUGCCUCUCGGUGCCACCCCUGUGUGGAGUCCGUCUUUGGGCGUGCCGUUCCAUGACGACCCCGAGUGGAUCGGUGAGCUUGCUGACUGCUUGGAUUUCGGUGAAGUCGUGCGCUACAAGUUUGGGGCCCCCG